UUGAAGAAUAUCAACAAUAACACAAAGCCGAGUAAACCGCGAGGAUGUGAUCAACUAAACUACACCAGUCACCGGAUAAGAGAUUACUGUCGAUCUAUCGAAUAAGCCUCAAGUAUCCUAAUUGGCAUGUAUUGGGGGUACAACGCAUGGAAGGCAUUCUGUGCACGCAGGUUGUAUUUACUCCAGACUUAUUUACUCAAUAAUGUAACCUGCGACUUUUGACAAUGCCAGCUUGGAUGCAACACCCUGCUUUCCGUUACCAGUGCCUGUUUGCCAGCAAGACUUGAAGUUACCAGGGUUAUUCUUUGGAGGGUAACAUUUUGUAUUGUAUAGGCGGUCGUUCGUUUAUGUUGUUAGUCAGAUGCGCACUGGUGUUAUGAACAAAAUGGAGUCUCGGGCUAACCCUACGCCCUGUAUCAACACAGUAGUAAUGUGUUAAUACCGACAUGCGUGUUUAAAGUGGGGUCUGCUACAACUGCACAGUAGGCUGGGUUUAUAGCAUUCAAGAGCCUUAAUCUCCGUAAUACUGUUUGGUCACAAAGCCGCAGUGCUCAUGAUUUGCAGAAUGACAGAUCCUAGUAGCGACGCGGACUCAAUGGCCGGCUCCUCUAGUAUCAGACCGAUUGUUGCAGGCAGAGUGGUAGCAGGUCGGACAGUGCUCAGCUCUACUCCACCGCCUGGCAGACUAACGUCCUUACGCUCACGCGACCUGACUCUAGGGGGGUUUAAAAAGAAAUCGUUCAUACCGAAUGUGCAUUCGGUGAGGAAGAGUAAAGAUGAGUUAAAGGAAGAGGCCCAUGUUGCCCCAAAAGAGAGAAAAGAGAGGGAGGAAAGGCACAGGGAGAGCCGAGGGAAGAGGAGAGAGCGCCCUCAGACUAUUCAGUCUCACUCCAUCUUUGAACAGGGACCUGCAGACACAAUAAGGAAACCAGGUGGAUGGAGAGGGACAGAUCUGAGUGACUCUGGCUCCUCUCCUUUGGCUAAAUGUGUUAAGAAGGAGAGGCAUGCUUCAGAGGAAGACGAGGACGAGAUUUUACAAAAGCUUCAACGAGAUGAUUUUUUGGAUGAUCCCGGUUUGAAAAACGAUGCCAAGAACAGGCCCACUCAACUGCCACUGUAUCAGUCUGGCAACUUUCUGAGAACAGAGGCAACAACCUCACAGAGAGACGAGCCCUCCUGUGACCCAAAUGCGUUUAGAGUCCCUGCUUCUGCUAGCCCUCAGCACCAGACCCAUGCUGGACCACAGGGACCAGGUCUUCAGUGUGGACCAGGCCAGGGGCCACUGAGCCCACGACAGCCCACUGUGGCCGAGCUUUUCCAGCAGCUGACGGUCUCAGAGGCAGAGGAGUUGCUGUUCAUCCAGUUGCCUGAUACUAUGCCCGGUCAGCCAACCGGUGCCCUCGUCCCUGGCCAGCCAGCCACGGCCCCAGAGAAUACUAAGAAAGACUCCAAGUCCGACGACAAGCGCUCCUCUAACAUAAAAGCACAAGACCCUGCUGGUAAAGUCGUUCCCAUCCUGUCACAGUUCUCAGAGGGCUUUCUGGGUAAACUGCAGAUCAGGAAGUCCGGCAAGGUGCAGCUGCUGCUGGGUGACAUCACUAUGGACGUGUCAGGGGGUGCAGCCUUCUCUUUUCUCCAGCAACUGGUGUCUGUGCGUCUGUCUGAGGGCCUGACUGGAGACAUGACCGUCCUGGGGAAUGUCAAGCACAAGCUGGUCUGCUCUCCCGACUUCCAGGCUCUGCUUCAGGGGUUGCAGCCUUCAUCUGACAAAUCAGGAACCUCAAGUGCUGGAGCAAUCACUUGAUCGACAGAACAUUACUCUUUAUAGACAAAGGUUAAGUCCUGCCGCGUUGAAGCGCUUAGAACGUUUCGGAUAGAAACAGUGCUAUGUUAUAAGGAUGGUUUGUGGACUUUACUGAGAUGCACGAGUGCUAGCCAGGAGAUAUAGUAUGCAUGGGCACGACCGUCCCAACAAAAACAACGUGUCUCAUGAGUCACAUAAACCAAAUCACAGAGACCAAUUUGUCUGAAGACCAAAACAGGCUUGUGCCUGCUCUUCGCCUGGUAGAGUUGAGGGUUAUGACUGUAUAUAAAACUAGCCAAUUCACAUGGUUCAUAUGCAAAUUAGUGCUGGCUAGAAUGAUAUGCAAAUGUUCACCGGUUAGCUAACGUUAACUAGCUAAGUUCAGGUCUCUUGGCAUUUGUGUUUCAGCACGACCCCCAGAUGGAAUUUGACUUGUACUGCUGAUCAAUAGCUACUUAGCCCUUGUGUCAUAUUAACAUUUUGGUUACACUCAUUAUGUUAGCGGGUCAAAUAGACCCGGGGUUUAAAUCACUACCCAGUACUCACUGUUGAUAUUUUAGCCCUGAAAUGAGAUUGUUGCUUUGCUACACAGUUCUAUGCAGUUGUUUGUUUGGCUCCGACUCAUAUAUGGAAACAUUACAGUAAUAUUAUUAUUUUCAUUGUGGUGAAAACCAGGACAAUUUAGUAGUGAAUGUCAGAAUCCAGGACAUUUUAGUGUUUUACAGAUAUUUGUCGGGACCUGGGACACCCAGCUUGAAAUCGGGUAAUGAAAUCAGGACAAUCUCCUGGAAACCGGGAUGUCUGGGCACCCUAAAUGAGCCAAUACUUAUUAAUGUUCUGGUUAACUGGCCGAGCAGCUGUACGCAAGCCUCACAUCAACAUGCGCAAUGCCAAGUGUCGGCUGGAGUGAUGUAAAGCAAGCCAGGACUGGACUCUGGAGAAGUGGAAACGUGUUCUCUGGAGUAAUGAAUCACAUGACUGUGCCCCUUCGCACAUAAAGAUAUGGUUUGGCAAGGUUGGUGUGCAGGAACUCGAGUGGCCUGCAAAGAGCCCUAACCUCAACACCACUGAACACCUUUGAGAUGAAUUGGAAAAGCGACUGGAUGCCUAACCUCACAAAUGCCCUUUUGGCUAAACUCCUAGACACUCCAACAUUUUUGGAAAGCUUUCCCAGAAGAGUGGUGGCUGUUAUAGCUGCAAAGGGGAGGCCAAAUCCAUAUUAAUGCCCAAUGUUUUGGAAUGGGAUGUCCAACAAGCUCAUAUCUCAUAUAGGUGUGAUGGUUGGUGUCCGCAUACUUUUGGCCAUACAGUAUAUCAGGGAUUGGAAAUGCAAAACCUCAAUGUCCAGGUUAUUGCCUAAUUGUAGCACAUACUCAUUUCAAUUAAUCCCAGGAAAAAUCUGUAAUGUCCCGCAAUGACAGGUUUAGCUAGCCAGCUAAUUUUCUUUGGAUAUGGUGGCAGACUGCUUCCCAGAAGCAUUGCUCAGACCCUAUUGACUACAACAAGGCCAAUGAGGGGAGGCGUGGGUGACUCAACUCUCCAAAGUGCAACUCAAUUCUCAGAUGCGCAACAUACACCAUAGUUUCGCAGGCCAGGUGUAUGCAUAUAGGCUUGUCUAUUCUACCAUGGACAUCCUCCAUUUUAAUGUAGUCAACUGGGUUUAACUUUAAACUUUAUUGGAUUACAGUGAAAUGUACUAAUGUCACAUGUGGAUGAACAUUAAUGCCCAUUCUGGACCAGAUGUUAUAAUGGUUCACAAACAAAAGCUCUUUCCAUCUCUGUGGUAUGUAUCUCACAGUGAGUACACCCUCACAUUCUUGUAAAUAUUUGAGUAUAUCUUUUCAUGUGACAACACUGAAGAAAUGACACUUUGCUACAAUGUAAAGUAGUGAC